AUGUCUCUUACUAACAAGAGAUCAGCCGCGUUUCUUGCAGCAUCCACCCAUUGGUCUGGUACCAAGAAGGCCAGAAACGAGAAGCAGACAGCCCCGGAAAGAGAAGUGAUUGAAGUGAAGUCAGAUUCUGAAGAUGAAAAAGCUGCAGUCACAGAACCUACACUGGCAUUGAAGUCAACUAUCCAUCUUCUACAUAAUCCAAGUUAUGAGUCCCAUUUGGAAGAGUACGUUAAUAAGGACACGAUAAAGAUAUCAGACCUCAUUGGUUCUCAAGACCUUAGGGAAUCGUAUCAAUUCAACUUCACGGUCCAGUUAGACCUCAUACUUCAAUAUUUCCACAAAGAUGUCUCCAUUCAUCGAAAGCGAAUCACAUUUAUCACAGGAUCUACAGUUCUUGAUCCUGAUAAUCCAGACAUUGACUUCAUCAAACAAAAAUUCAACAUAAGAGAUAUUACUGCAUCUUUACCUAAUGCUUUUGCAAGUCAUCAUACAAAAAUGAUGAUCAACUUUUUCGAAGACAAUACUUGUGAAGUGGUGAUAAUGACGUUCAAUUUGACAAAGAUUGAUUUCGCAGGUCUCACCCAGAUGCUAUGGAGGUCAGGAAGACUCAAGAAACUUUCAGCAUCGACAAUUGAGCCAGAAGUAGGUUUAUGGUUCAAAAAGGAUUUGCAGAGAUAUUUGAGGAAGUACGGUAAAAAGGAAUUGCGGAGUCUAGCUAUGGAAUUGGGGGAGUAUGACUUUCUGCCAGUUGAAGUUGAACUUGUAGCGUCAGUUCCCGGAAGCAAUGAAAUUACUAAUGAUAAAUGUUCCGAAAUUUAUGGAUAUGGAAAGCUCUCACAAAUCUUGAAUCGAAAUAAUCUAAAAGUUGAAAAAACUGCCAACAAACAUCACAACAUUCUAUCCCAAGUUUCGUCGAUUCCAUACCCUUUCAAAAUACGCAAAGGAGAGACAAGCUCAGUAUUUACUCAUAUAUUGUGCCCUUUGGCUUUUGCGCCGUCAGCACAAGUAUUUAGCAUCUUAGAACCAGGCACCAGAUCUUGCACAAAGCACCAAGAAGCUCAUAACUACAAACCGCACAUUAUAUAUCCCACAGUGGAAGAGGUCGCAGCAAGUAAUGUUGGAUGGGCUUCGGGUCAAGCUCUUCACUUCAACUACACAAAAUCUGCAGCCCACAGGAAUCAGUAUGAGCAGAACAUUAAACCUUACUUGAAGCGAUGGAGUAAUUCAGGUGGUGAUUUAGUUACGGGCCGUGAGACUGUACCUCCCCACGUUAAAAUGUUGAUUUGUGAUAACGGUAAUGAUUGGGAAACUAUAAGAUGGGCCUUGAUGGGAAGCCACAAUUUAUCCAAGCAAGCGUGGGGAAUAAACAACGGAACUAAUCUAAGUGAUCCAACUAGGUAUACUGUAUCAAGUUAUGAACUUGGAGUGCUUGUGUUUCCCAGGAAAGAUCAAGUAAUGAAGCCAGUAUAUGCUACCGACUCGACUGAUGAACCCAAUGUUUUGCCUCUAAGAUUACCUUUCAGGUUGCCUACGGAGGACUAUAAAGAUUCCGAUCGUCCUUUUAGUCAAUGGAUUAGCUAUGGAGAGCUCCAAGACAAAUUUGGCAAUAGUUAUAAUCUAGAUGAUGGAAAUAAGAAAUGA